ACUUAUUCUACUUCAAUUAUCAACUAACCAAGUUUUGGAAUCCUCAAUUUCAAAAUUCAAAUAAUUCUCUUCCUGAAAUCAAACAUUAGAAACUCAAAUUUCUCACAUUCUUCUCCGAUCUCAGGGCGAGAGCCGCCAUUUCCCCUUUUCGCGGCUUUCGCUCGUUAAGAUCUCUACAAACAAAGAGAAAAUCGAAGAAGGGUUGUUGGUUUGCUUCUUUGGAAAAGCUGAGGUUGAAAUUCUAGAAAUACUCGACUUGGGGAGAAUUGGUGGUGUGGGAUUUAUAACAUGCGCCCGUUUUUGUCGCGCUCGGUAGCUACGAAGGAGCAGAGUAAUGGAAGAGGUAAUCGUGCUCAGUUGUACCUUAACGUCUAUGAUCUAACGCCCAUAAACAACUACCUGUACUGGUUUGGACUUGGAAUCUACCACUCCGGAAUUGAAGUACAUGGUAUGGAGUAUGCAUUUGGAGCCCAUGAGUACCCAACGAGUGGAGUAUUUGAAGUGGAGCCAAGAUGCUGUCCUGGUUUUAUCUACCGACGGUCAGUGUUAUUGGGCAGUACUGAUAUGUCCCGUUCAGAGUUCCGGUCAUUCAUGGAACAUUUUGCUGGAAAAUAUCACGGGGAUUCCUACCAUUUAAUUGCAAAGAACUGCAACCAUUUUACCAAUGAUGUUUCCACGCGUCUCACCGGAAAAUGUAUUCCUGGUUGGGUAAAUCGAUUGGCUCGAUUAGUUUCAGGUUCUUUCUGCAACUGUCUACUACCAGAGAGUAUUCAGGUUACAGCAAUUAGGCAUCUACCUGAUCAUCCAGCAUAUUCUGUUCAGAGGCACAGCAUGUACCAUCAGACUAGGAGUCCUCGUAUGUUGGUUCAGAACCAUCACAGGAUCACUCCUUGGAACAUGUUCUCUUUCUGUCUGACAUUAUUUUUUCCGUAUACGAAUCAACAGAAGAUGGGUCUGACUCUAUUGCAUCAUCACCAGAAGAAGACAGUGAGGAGGACUCCGAUCAUCACCUGCUUACUUCGCCAAAUAGUGAUGUGGCAUUUAUAAAUGAGAGACCAUUGAGGCUUGCAAAGGAUCUCCUUUGAUUAAUCAGACCUUUGUUUCAUCUUUCUGCCGUUUUGUUUUGUCUGUGCUAGUAGUGUAUGAUUUUCAAUUGUAUCGAUAAACCCUUUGUUUUAGUUCACCUACUCUACACUGGUGCCCACAUUUUUUUGUGUAUAAUGGUAAUACAGGUAUCUCCUGGUUUCUUGUAUUUGAACAACAAUGUAUAAUGUAGUAGGAGCAUGAAAUUUUGAUUCUUGAA